AUGGAUGGUGAUGGGGAUUGUACCGAUGAACAAAGUGUUGUUAAUGUGGUUCAAGGUGCAGCACUAUAUGUUCUUGUUAUAAUAAUUACAUUCAUAAGGAGAAUGCAAGCUAGACGUAAAUCUAUACGUCGUGGUCCAAGUGAGGAAAAAAAAAGACAAGAGAGGUCUAGAAUUGAACAUAUAGAGCGUAUUUAUAAUGGUUUUAGUGAUAGUUGUGUGAAUUAUAUUAGAAUGCGGAGUGGUGCUUUUGUUAAGCUAGUAAGUAUAAUGAGGAACAAUAUGCUUCUAAAAGACUCAAGGAAUAUAUCAGUGGAAGAACAACUUAUCAAGACACUAAAUAUUUUGGGUCAUAAAUCUAAAAAUCGCAUUGUGAGAUCUCAUUUCAUAAGAUCAGGGAAGACAGUCAGUAGAUAUUUCAACAAGGUUUUACAAGCAAUUAUCUGUUUGCGUGGACGCUACAUGAGACAAGCCAUCAAUGAUACUCCCCAAGAGAUCGUUAACAACCAGCUAUACUAUCCUUAUUUCAAGGAUUGCAUUGGUAUGAUAGAUGAGACUCAUGUUGAUGCAAUGCUUCCGAUUAAUCUUGUUGCACGAUUUCGAGGCCGCAAAGGUGUUACACAGAACGUGCUUGCAGCUUGCACCCCAGACAAAUUGUUCACAUAUAUCUUAGCAGGUUGGGAGGGGUCUGCAAAUGAUUUUAGGAUUCUCCAAGAUGCAUUAUCUAGACCACAGCCACAUGGAUUGAAAGUCUAUGAUGGCAAAUACUAUCUGUGUGAUGCUGGGUACCCUACCAUGCCAGGUUUCAUAUCUCCAUACUGUGGUGUUCGAUAUCAUUUGAAAGAACAUUCGGGUAAAACACCUAAGAAUAGAAGGGAAUUAUUCAAUUUAAGGUAUUCUUCUUUGCGGUCUAAGAUUGAAUCUGUAUUUGGCACAUUGAAGAAUCGUUUUAAGAUUUUGUGUGCUAAGCCGCAUUAUCCAUUUCCUACACAAGUAGAUAUCGUAUUAGCAUGCACGAUACUUCAUAAUUUCAUCGCAACUGUUGACCCAAGCGAUGAACUACUCAGCGAGUCCGAAAUUGAUGAAGAUAUUGAUGGUGAGGUGACAAAUGAGAAUGAUAAUAAUUUAGUUGAUUUUACUCAGACUCAAACUCAAAGAGAACAAACUGAAUCAAGAAAUGAGUGGAAGACCCUUAGCGAUAACAUUGCUUGGGCGAUGUGGGUGGACUAUUGUGAUAAGUAUAAUCAUGGUGUAAGUACUGAGACUUAA